GGGCUUCGAUUUCUUCAGUUAAAAAAUCCCUGGAGCCACUUACGUUGGAAGGGAAGAUACAGUGAAAAUGACACAAGAAAUUGGACCCCAGAUUUACAAAAAUACUUGAACUUUGAUCCCAGAACAGCUCAGAAAAUAGACAAUGGCAUUUUUUGGAUAGCCUGGGAGGACCUGUGCCAGUACUAUGAUGUUAUUUAUUUGAGUUGGAACCCAAGUCUCUUUAAAGAAUCUACAUGUAUUCACAGUACUUGGGAUGCAAAGCAGGGUCCGGUGAAGGAUGCCUACAGCCUGGCCAAUAAUCCUCAGUACAAGCUAGAGGUCCAAUGUCCACAAGGCGGUGCUGCCGUCUGGGUUCUGCUUAGCAGGCACAUCACGGAUAAGGAUGACUUUGCACACAAUCGGGAAUUCAUUACAAUGGUUGUAUACAAGACUGAUGGAAAAAAAGUUUACUAUCCAGCUGAUCCUCCUCCUUAUAUCGAUGGUAUUCGGAUCAACAGUCCUCAUUAUCUGACCAAGAUAAAGCUGACCUCUCCAGGGCCCCACACGUUUACCUUAGUGGUGUCCCAGUAUGAGAAACAAAACACUAUUCAUUACACCAUCAGGGUGUAUUCCUUGUGCAAGUUCACCUUUUCCAAGAUUCCUACACCUUACACCAUUUCCAAACGGGUUAAUGGACAGUGGAAAGGUCAUAGUGCUGGGGGAUGUGGAAAUUUCAGAGACACCUACAAAAAUAACCCCAUUUAUCAAUUCCAACUGGACAAGAAUGGGCCAUUGCUAAUUGAACUACGAGGACCAAGGCAGUACAGUGUUGGUUUUGAACUCGUCACAGUCUCAACAGUAGGAGAUCCUGGUUCCCAUGGCUUUCAGAAAAAGAGCAGUGGUGACUACAGGUGUGGAUUUUGCUACUUGGAAGUGGAGAACAUAUUUGCUGGAGUUUACAACAUUAUUCCCACCACAUUUCUGCCUCAACAAGAGGGUCCUUUUUUCUUAGAUUUUAACAGUGCUACUCCUCUUAAGGUAUCACAGCUGCAGUAA